CCCCGUUCGGCGCCGCCCACUAACCCCUUCUGCGUCUCCGUUGCAGCCACGAGCACCCUGGCGUGGUCCCCUCACGGCGGCUGCGCUGUGCUGGUCGACGACGCCUCCGUCAUCAGCGACGACUCCCACCUGGGCCAGGCCGCGUCCAGAGGUAACCCGCAGCACCGCCACCGGGGUCAUCGCGGUCGCCAGGGGCCUUCCCAGUGGCGUCCUCAGGGCCCUGCCUUCGUGUACGAGGUCCUGGGGGAGAUGCCCUGGCCGCCCGAGGACCCCCCCGGCUCGCCCUCCCCCUCCCGGCCCCUGCAGAGUCGCCGCAUGCGUAGGAGUGUUUCGCAUGAUGAGUUAGAGUCCCAGCCUUCCCCCCUGCCCCCCAGCAUGGACGUGGACUCACCCCCUCCCCUCGCUCCUUCCUCCUCCUCCCCCUCCUCAUCCUCAUCCUCUUCCCACUCCCCUGUACUCACCCCCGGCAGCCAGCCUCCCAGCACGACCCUGACUCACUCUCUUCCCGAUGCCUCCCUCGCUGACGCACCCCCCUCGCCCACUAACUCCCGUGACUCACAUGAAUCCCCGACACUUGCCGGCUCAGAUCCCGACGUCUCCUCUCCCUCCCCCCCUCAGACUCCCUCAGACUCCCCUAGACUCCCCUCAGACUCCGAGGAGACGGGGCAUUCCCACACUGCUUUUAUUCCUUCAGAUCGCGAAGCGGAUCGGGGCGAGGAGGCCCCCACCUCCGCCUCCUCCUCGUCCUCCUUCCCCCUCCACGUCCCCCUCGCAGCCCCAGGCCCUCUGACCCCGAGCAUGCCUGGGGACGCAGAGGGGCCGGGGAGCGAGGGAGGCCAAACAGGAGGAGAUCCUCGCGAGAAAUCCCCAGGAUCUGAGGGAAGGUCCGAGGAGCAGCCUCCGCAUCCCGUCUCUGGAUCAGAUAAAGUGAGAUUCGUCUCGAAGGAAGCGGACGCCGUCGAGCACAAAGCGGCGUCGCUGCCUCGGGAGGUCUAUGCGCCUGUGAUCGAUGUCGUCGAGUAUUCCGACGCAGACGGCGACGACUUCCAGCCCAAGGGCGUGAUGGGCAGCUUGGAGGACUACCCGGCCGACGCCCCGCUCGUCGACGGUGACGAAGAGGACGAUGACGUCACGUACGUUAUUGAGGACGACAACGACGAGGCAGCGAACAAGACGUACGACGAGGAAGACGGCGUCGUAGAGGCUCAGCCCGACUACAUCUACGACCAUAAGCCCGAGGACGACUACGAGAACAUCGUGGAGUAUGAGCAGGCGGAGGAGAACGGGACGGUCUCCGGGAACGGCGAGGCGCCGCCCACGGAAAUCCCGCUCGCCUACGAGGCCAUCCCGAGCGCGCUCCUGGCGACGUCGGCCGAGAAGAAGGCGUCGGGCGACCGCCUCCCUGUGCCCCUGGACGACUUCGACCCCGCUGACAUCGUCGUGGAAGACGACACCAUGGCAGGAGACGACCUUAUGGACAGGAUGGUGGGAGACGACUCUAUCGCGGCAUACGACCUCAUGGACCGAAUGGUGGGCGACGACCCCUCGGCCUAUGCCGCCAACGGGAAGCCGAAGCGCAAGCUGUUCCGCUCGUGGAUGGCCGGCUUCCCCACGCUGGAGACUCCUGCCGGCGAGGCGGAGGAGGGCGUGGACGAGAAGGACACGCAGAAGCAGGCACCCGCCGCGCCCACCCCCGCCGCAGAGGCGCUGACGUCAACCGCCGAGCCUGUGAUUGGCAAGUCCAUGAUCUGGCGGCGCCCGAUGGCGUCGUCCGUGGACACGUGGUUCUCGCGAUACGGGCGCAACAGCACCGCGAAUCGAGACGCCGACGCCGACGAAACGGCCUCGGGCGACUACGAGGACGAGAUGCAGAUGCGGAUCACCAGGAGGUCAGGAGGCCGCCGCCGAGGCUCCGUCCAGUGGCGGUCCUUCGACCCCAGGGACCCCAACGGAGGCCCCAUUCCCCAGUCCGACCCCAGCCACUUCCCGUCCAAGAUCCUGGAGUCGCUCGGCGUGACGCAGCGCACCCGGGACUCGCGAAACCCGGAGCCCAAGCUGGCCAAGGACUUGUUCCCUCACAUCUUCGAGUAUGACCUCGACGACCACGACGACUACUACUACGACGAUCCUGUGUACUACUACGACGACACCACCGAGCUGGACAAGCGAUACCGCAAGACCAAGAGCAGGGCCCUGGACGACGCGAACGACGAGGAGGACACCGCCGACGUCAUCCUGGACGACGACCUCGGGGAAGCGCGACCUGGCUACCGCGACCCCAAGAGCAUCGUGACCUUGAGGCCCGCUCCCGUCAGGUCGCAGCUGCGCCCCACCAGCGCCCCCGUCAGCGCCACGCAGUACCCCCCGGGGCUCCGCGUCAUGUCGCUCACCAAGGAGGAGUUCCACGUCGCCCUGCCGGAGCCGCGGGUGGAGACGCUGCGCGACGGGCGGGAGGAGGUCGUCGAGAUCGAGGUCGUGCCUCUCAGCUCGCGGGAUGCGCCCCGCGCCGCCUCGUCCUCCUUCCAUUCGGGCCCCGACUACUCCCAGGCGCACCACACCAGGCAUCAGACGACCACAACGACCACGACAACGACCACCACUCCAACGACGACGACAACGACCACGUCAACGACGCCUCCUCCGCCGCCACCGCCGCCCCUGACGCGUUAUCCGACCGAAUCGCCGCCCCUGACGAAGCCCCCGGCGAAAUUCCUGCCGACGCGGCCCGUCCCGGAGCCCCGGCAGGUGCAGUUCGCCGUCGCGGCCGAUUCGGCGUCCGUCCCGCGGAGCAAGCAAGGAAAUAUCCCCAAGUUCCUCAUCCACAAGACGGAGGAGCAGUAUGACUACCUGCGGAGCGCGGGGGUCGUCCACUACCACCCCCUGACCAGCGCGCCGCUCGACUACGCGGCUGCUCACCGCCCUCCGCCCUUGGUCAUGACGUCAGACCAGCCCUACGCCGAGGCAGAGCCCGACCGCAGGAGCUACUACCGCGACGAGGACCUGUCUAUGACCGGCGCAGCGACGAGCGGCGCCCACCUGCCCGCCACCGCGCACAGGACGCGCAGCGUGCAGCCGUCCCAGGUCGAGGCGAGCCGCGCCGAGGAGCAGCCCCGCAGCCACGACGCAGCGCACGACCAGAACCCCAUCGUACCCUCCUCCUCGAAGGAGCUGGCCUCCGACAUCGAGGUCGUGCCGAGGGGCCGGUCCCUUCAGGCGGCGGCCAAGACGGAGGAGCGCGCCCUCCGGUCGGCGCAGCACGAGGACGCGUCCGUGCCGGAGGUGAGCCCCGCCCGCCACCCGUUCCCGCCGCCCGCACGCAACUCCAAGCGUGUUACCGUCAACGUGACCAUCACCGCGGAGGACGAGACCAAGGUCGAGGCCGGGCCGUCGGGCGCCAGCAAGCCGCUCUACGUGCUGUCCGUGUCCGUGCCGACGUCCGGCCAGGACCAGUCGGCCGACAUCAACAUCGUCAAGCCCGACGACCAGGAGCAGAUCGCCACGCUCACAGUCAACGUCCGAGGCAACACGACCUACGACGACUCGACGCAGCACGAGACGCGGCCCGAGGCGUUCCAGCCCGGCGUGCCCGAGAGGCUGGUGUCCCACUCGGGCAGGGCGGGCCAGUGCCAGUGCCCGUGCCCCUGCAGCGCCGCCUCCAACAGCAUUCCCAUCCCCGCCUCCUUCCUCGCCAGCGCCGGAAACAAGAUCCACGACCACACGCAGUACCGCAAGGACGCCUCAGACUCGGCCCCCGCGACUCACGACCUUGACUCACGACCCCCGACUCCCCGACUCCUCCUCCCCCGUCCCGCAGGGCUGUAGAGUUGACCCCAACCCCUCCUCCACCACAGUCCCCCCCUUGUCCCCAGAGGUUCUAGAAGAACUCGAAGAGCACAAGAAGCGGCCCUCGAAGACCAUACCUCCCGACGGCACGACCUUCAACAUGAUGGAGCUCGGAGACCGCCUGGAGGAGGAGAUCCCGCCCUACGGCUACUGGAAC